AUGUUGUUGAAAACUCUCAGCCCUCUACUGAGCUGCCUCGUCUUCUCCCAUGGCGUUGUCUCGAUGGUGUUGCCGCGCGAGGUAUUGCCGCGCGACGACAAUGCCGCUGACAACCUCACCUGGAUCAACCACGACGCCGUUGUUCCAUUCCCGCAGAAAGCCUCGGAGGUAGGAGGAGCUCUGGAGCUUCGCUUCAACCCUCUCCUCUACGUCGAAGGAGGCUGCGACCCUUACCCUGCAGUUGAUGAAAAGGGCGAACUUGGCUCUGGUCUGAAGCCUACUAAGGGUGGCCGGAGCGGCUGCGAUAAGGGUGGCAAGGGCCAAGUUUACGUCCGUCGCGGGAAGAGUCAAGGCCACAAUGCGAUUAUGUACAGUUAUUAUAUGCCCAAGCUUGGCCGUGAACAGCGUCACAGCUGGGUCAGUAUCGUUGUCUGGACCCACCGCUACGGCUGCGACGAUAACGACCCCUCGUCUGUCUGGCCCGUUGGCAUCUCCUACACAACCGACCAUCUGGAAUGGGGUGCCACCUCCGGAAAAGUCUCGUUCAAAUCCUCGCCUGUAGGCCUCGAGGCGCCCACGCACCCCAAGCUCCAAGUCCACGAUGGGGCCAUCUCCCCCUUUGACGGCGCCGAUGGCGACUUGGUUUACGAGCGCACCCUCAUCAGCUGGAGUUCCCUCAGCGAUGAGGCACGGAAAGCACUGGAGGACGUCCACUACGACAAAACUGAGGUUCCCUUCAACAAUGCCAACAUACAGAACUCGCUUGAGGCCGCGUUUCAAGUUGGCUUCUAUGCUGGUUCGUCCGCGGAGCCUGAAUGCCCAACAUCAGAUGUGCCGCCGGGUGACGAUUGGAUUGACUCGCCAUCCAAGAACACUCCGAUUGACCCGCCGUCCGAUAACACUCCAGAUGAGCUGCCCUUUGAUGAGGAUGAGACUGACUCGCCAUCCAAUAACACUUCGGAUGAGACUGACUCGCCAUCCGAUAACACUUCGGAUGAGACUGACUCGCCAUCCAAUAACACUUCGGAUGAGCAGCCCUUCGAUGGCACUACGCUGCCUUCCGACGUCGAUCCGAGUGAUGAGCAUAAAGACGACGAUCCACCAGUGGUUGUUGAUCCUGACGUUCCGGGUACGAAUGAAGAGGCGAAAUAG